AUCUUCUUCUCCGCGAAGCUGUUUGAGUUCUCGACUUCCCACCAUACACAAAACCACAGCUUUCUCUCUCUACAUAUAUAUACACAAACACUUCAUACACAGCUAUUAUUACGUCCGUAUUCACUCCCACAAGAACGCUCUCCCUGCAGUGUCUGUGAGAUGCGCCAAAGGGAUGCAGAAGCUGAUAAGCAGAAAUCCACUUGGUCCCCCGGCAGCCUUAUCCGUUAGCUCUCUCCCUCUCUCUUUCCCCCACGACUUUCUCUCUCUAGGGUUUUACAGGAACCGCCUAACCCCCUUUUCCCCUAAACCCAAACCCCCUACUUCUCCAAUGCCUUCAAUGGCUACUCUCCACCGUCUGCGCCACUCUCCCCUUCCUUAUUCCUCCGCCGGAAGUCCUCUCUCCGGCGCCGGCUCCAAAGUAGUGCCCAAAACCGUCACUUCCCUGCGCGGUAGUUGCCGUAUUUGCCGGUGUUCUCUCGAGAGCGUGGCCCCCGUGAGGGCGUGGGUCGUUCUCAAGCAGGAGAAUGCGCGGGGGGCCCAUGCCGCGUGGUUCGCGACGGUUGCGGCGGGGGAUUCGGACACUGUUGUGCCGGCGCCGGAAGGUGAGGCGGAGGACGCGAGUCACAUGAGUGGUGAUGAGAACAGUAAGGAUUUGAAAGAGCGGCAGGCGAUUAGGUCUCACCGUAGGCAGAGGAAUGGGAGCUCCGGCGCCGGGACAUUACCUGGGAGUCCAGAUUUGCUGACAAUACCCGGUGUCGGGCCGAGAAAUUUCAAGAAGCUAGUGGAGAAGGGCUUUGAAGGUGUUGCCCAGCUUAAGCAGCUAUACAGGGAUAAGUUCUAUGGGACGUCUAGUGGGAAGAUGGUUGAGUUUUUACAGAGUUCGGUUGGUAUCAUCCACAAAAACCACGCUGAGAGCAUUACCACUUUCAUCAAGAAAAGUGUGGACGAUGAGUUAAAGGAGGACCUUGAUUCUGAUGUAAAGGGGAGACAAAAGAAACGAAUUACGUUCUGUGUUGAGGGAAAUAUAAGUGUUGGCAAAACAACUUUUCUGCAGAGAAUAGCUAAUGAAACGCUUGAGCUACAAGACCUUGUUGAGAUAGUUCCUGAACCUAUUGACAAGUGGCAGGAUGUUGGGCCAGAUCACUUUAACAUAUUGGACGCAUUCUAUGCUGAGCCACAAAGAUAUGCCUAUACCUUUCAAAACUAUGUCUUUGUUACAAGAUUAAUGCAGGAGAGAGAAUCAUCUCGUGGUAUCAAGCCUCUCAGGUUGAUGGAGAGGAGUGUUUUCAGUGACAGGAUGGUCUUUGUAAGGGCUGUUCAUGAAGCGAACUGGAUGAACGAGAUGGAGAUCAGCAUCUACGACUCAUGGUUUGACCCUGUUGUCUCAACUUUGCCUGGGCUAAUCCCUGAUGGUUUUAUCUACCUGAGAGCAAGCCCUGAUACUUGCCACAAGAGAAUGAUGCUGCGAAAGAGAGCCGAGGAAGGUGGAGUCUCCCUCGAGUAUUUGCGAGACUUGCAUGAAAAGCAUGAGAGCUGGCUUUUCCCAUUCGAAAGUGGAAAUCAUGGGAUAUUAUCAGUCAGUCAACUGCCACAGAGCUUUGACAAUUCCUUACCUUCAGAGAUUAGGGAUCGAGUUUUUUAUUUGGAGGGUAAUCAUAUGCAUCCAAGUAUUCAAAAGGUUCCUGCUUUGGUCCUUGACUGUGAGCCCAACAUUGACUUCAAUAAAGAUAUUGAUGCAAAGAGACAGUACGCUCGCCAGGUUGCUGAAUUCUUUGAAUUCGUGAAGAAAAAGAAAGAAGUUAAUGCUCCUGGAGCUGGUGAAGAUUCAACGAAGAGUAAUCAACCCGAGGUGCUGCUGCCUGAGAGACCAGGAUUGUGGGUACCUGAGGGCAAAUUCUCGGAGUCAGGCCUAAAAUCUUUGGAUUUUAGACGAACAAUGUCAUUUAUGUCCCACUAGACUAGAGGGAUAUCCUUGCCAGUUGCCACUACCCACGAGAAGGGGUUUGGGUUGUUGAUUAAUCAGUCUGCCUGUAAAAAAGUUGUAGUUGAUUGCUUAGUCUUGAACCUUUGACAAUGUAGAGUUAACGGAUGUUCCUUUGUGGAUGCUAUAAGACACCACCUUUUUGUAUUAUAUGAAAACUAGUGGUUUUGUUUCUUAGUUAGUUUGAUGCUUUUUAACAAA